AUGACGGCCCUCACGUUCCUGACCAAGAAGGAAAUUAUACGCAUUCAGCGCACUUUCCAGAGUUUCUGCCCCGAAGAGAAAGAUUACAGAGGAGAGAAGUUGACGUCAAAGCAGAUGUGCUCCUGGCCAGAAUUAAAGGUAAAUCCCUUUCGGGACAGAAUUUGCAAAGUAUUCUCCUGUGACGGCACCUUUUCCUUUGAAGAUGUUCUAGGAAUGGCCUCCAUCUUUAGCGACAGAGCUUCUCCCCGUCUCAAGGCUGAAUAUGCCUUCUACAUUUACGACUUGAAUGAGGAUGGUUUCAUUGACAAGGAAGACCUCCAAAGCAUCAUCCGGCGCCUGCUCAACACCGAAUACCUGAAGAAAGAGGACCUCAUUGCCCUGACAACCCGAAUUCUGGGAGAGGCGGACCUGAUCCAGGACAACAUGCUAUCCUUGGCUGAAUUUGAGCAUGCCAUGUCUAAAUCCCCCGACUUUCUACAUUCCUUUAGGAUCCGCUUCUGACCUCGGGACCCUGGCAGAAGCUGCUUGUAGGGAACAGAGGCUGGCAUCUCCAGAGACAAGCCCUUCAUUGAUCCCAUGGCCUGACAGCGGGGGGCCUGGCAAGCUACUCCUUGUUUACCUUUGUGGUUCAGAAUACAGAUGGAA